UAAUAUAAUGCUCUUCCUGUUGAUUUUUCGGAAAUAGUUUCCUUUUCGUAUCGUGGCUUUUGCGUAUGUAGGAUUUUAGAACUGCAGCCAUGCAAAUUUUCGUUAAGACCCUAACGGGCAAGACUAUUACUCUUGAGGUUGAGCCUUCGGAUACAAUUGAGCAUGUUAAGGCGAAAAUUCAAGACAAGGAAGGGAUCCCUCCAGAUCAACAGCGCCUAAUUUUCGCAGGAAAGCAAUUAGAAGAUGGGCGAACCUUAGCCGAUUACAAUAUUCAAAAGGAAUCUACUUUACAUUUAGUACUUCGGCUCAGGGGAGGUGCUAAAAAGCGCAAGAAGAAGAACUACUCCACACCUAAGAAAAUCAAGCAUAAGAGGAAGAAGGUCAAAUUGGCGGUUUUGAAAUAUUAUAAGGUCGAUGAAAAUGGCAAAAUACAUCGCCUUCGUCGCGAGUGCCCUGGUGAAAAUUGUGGAGCUGGAGUGUUUAUGGCUGCUCAUGAAGAUCGUCAUUACUGUGGAAAAUGCCAAUUAACAUUUGUUUUUUCCAAGCCUGAAGACAAAUAAAUUACUAUAUCUGUAUACACGUCAGGACUAGA